ACUAUAACUUGGUGACAAAUUUUGUUGAAACUAGUUUUCUAAUCUCUCCUCGUGCACUCUCUACACGUUCGCUUUUUCUCGCCUUCUAUGGCCGUGGAAGGAGGAGGAACGCUAUCGGAACUGUAUCAGAGCUCAAGGCGAUUGCUGUUGAAAACUAGAGAUGGCUUGGAACGCCUUGAACGUCUCGAAUUCUCGUCUUCAGCAGGUUCCGUCGAUUCUCCGGAGCUUGCAGUUGCCGUCAGGAGAGAUAUCUCUCAAAUUCAAACCCUUUGUUCCGAUAUGGAUGGACUCUGGCGAUCCGUUGGUUCCAAGCCUCAGCGUGAUCUCUGGAAAAGAAAAGUGGAGCAAAUAGCUGAAGAGGCUGAUUCUUUCAAGGAAAGUUUAGAUAGGUAUUUUCAACGUCAACAGAAAAGGAUUCAAGAAGCUCAAGAGAGAGCAGAAUUGCUUGGAAGAGCUAACGGUGAAUCAUCUCAUGUUUUGAGAAUUUUUGAUGAGGAAGCACAAGCAAUGCAGUCUGCACGUAACUCAUCUCGAAUGUUGGAAGAAGCAACUGCAACUGGAACAGCCAUUCUUGCUAAAUACUCUGAACAAAGGGAUCGAUUAAAGAGAGCUCAAAGGAAAGCAUUGGAUGUGCUGAAUACAUUGGGGCUAUCAAAUACAGUAUUGAGGGUAAUUGAGAGGCGGAAUCGAGUUGAUCAAAGGAUCAAGUAUGCAGGAAUGAUACUUACUUUUAUUAUAGUAAUUGCAUUCUUGAGGUGGACUAGGUGAUUUUUUUGUUCUAAUUUCCAUAAAAAUGUCUCACUAGUUUGUAACACUUUGUCCAGGAUUUCAAUAGAAGGGUUGAUGGUUUUUUU